AUGGCUAAAUACCUAGCGCCCACCGCCGCUAUUGGAGCACUGUAUUCAACAUAUUUCGGGCUCAAAAAGACUGAUGACGUUCAAACGAUCAAGUCCAUCGACGAGGCGAUACGCCAAUUGAAUGCUAAUGAAAAUACGGAUGAUGCGUUGCGAUUUAUCUCGAAGUUUGACUUUGGAGCACAGCCCGUCUACUUGUCACAACUAUCUACGCGUUCGCUCGGAAUUCUGGCCGGUCUGGGCUCCGAACUGAUCCACAGCUCACGGGUGAACAUGCAACGCUGCAAACAAGAGGCCAAUGACUACUUAUUUCAAAAGAUCCUCAAACAGGUCAGCCUUGGCCGAGACUGGGACAAUGAAGUUGAUUGGCUGUCGCGUUCCCCGUGUUCUGAAGAUGAUUUAUCAUGCGAGGAUUGGCAGGUAUGGAGACCUCCACAAAUUGAGCGCUUUUAUCGAAUAUUGUACAAACUUUUCCGGGAAACCGAGAAAGGCGCCCUCCCAACCCUCAAUGUAAAUAUUGUCGAUUUUUUGUACAACGCCUACGCACUUUUUGCGGACAAUGUGCCCGAAGUGGCAAUGCUCAUCUUGAAGAUUUUGGGUAACGUCGCCUUGAUGGACGUGGUUUAUGCAGAACGUAUCUUUUCUUCAGAAUGGUUAAUGAUUCUCUCUUCACUAGUCACGCAUGGAGAUACGCUUGAAAAGCGCCUGCUUGCACAUAAGAUUUGCCGCAACGGCUUACAUGCUCUUGAUACUGUGCCUUAUAAGCUUCAUUCUGAUGUAUACGAAUUACAUGUGAGCCCGGGAAAGAUUGAGGUUGACAUUGUACUAAUACAUGGCUUAUGUGGAAGUGUAUUUUAUACAUGGCGACAAAAAGACAACAAAAGCGCGUUGAUAUCGGAAUGUUGGCCAAAGGACUGGCUUCCUCUCGACAUCAACGAGCCAAUUCGCAUCUUAGGAAUCGAUUAUCCGUCUUUCUUGUUGAAUAUGUCGGGCUCGGCGGAGAGUUUUCCGGCUAGAGCAGAACGAUUCGUGAAUCGGUUGUCUUCUGCUGGCGUCGGUUGUCGGCCAGUCAUCUUCAUUUGCCACUCGAUGGGCGGGCUACUAGCGAAAAAGAUGCUGCUCGAGUCGGAAGAAUUGAGAAAGAAUACGGUCGGCAUCCUUUUCAUGGCCACUCCUCAUCGUGGCAGCCCCAUCGCCGCGUGGAGCGACUAUUCUCUCUUCUUGGCACCUUCGGAAGAUGUCACUUUCCUGCGUGUGAACAAUGAAGUCAACGAGAAGCUGAACAAGGAUUUCGAAGGUGUCGCCAAGGACAUCUCCGUUAUCACCACAAUGGUCGAAACGAAAGAAUCAGCGUUGAUUGGCACAGCAAAAGGAUUGGUUGUCCCUGCUGAAUCGGCUGUUUUCGGUCAAGGUGUGCUCUACCAUAUUGACGCGGUACAUCACGAGGUGUGUAAGCCCAGCGAACGAUCAUCUCCUGCAUACCGCGUCAUUCUCAACUUUCUCCGCGACUCCAUAGCCAGCGCCCGAAAACGAAAACCACCGCCGAACGACAAAACGAACGACCCGCCGAGCAGUCAUCUCGACCACUCCAUCCCCGUCCAUCAU